AUGGCUUUAAAAAAGGUUAAAGGUAACUUUGAGAGGAUGUUUGAUAAAAAUCUCACGGAUUUAGUGCGUGGGAUCCGAAAUAACAAAGAUAAUGAGGCAAAAUAUAUAGCACAAUGUAUGGAAGAAAUCAAGGUGGAAUUACGACAAGAUAAUAUAGGAGUGAAAGCGAAUGCCGUCGCGAAACUAACAUAUCUCCAAAUGCUUGGAUAUGAUAUAUCUUGGGCAAUUUUUAAUAUUAUAGAAGUUAUGAGUUCGAAUAAGUUUACAUUCAAAAGGAUUGGGUAUUUAGCUGCUAGUCAAUCAUUCCAUGCAGAUUCUGAGUUACUUAUGUUAACUACUAAUAUGAUAAGAAAAGAUCUGAAUGCUCAAAAUCAAUAUGAAGCUGGACUUGCUUUAAGUGGGCUAAGUUGUUUUAUCUCACAUGACUUGGCCAGAGAUUUAGCUAAUGACAUCAUGACACUGAUGAGUUCAACUAAGCCUUACCUAAGAAUGAAAGCAGUGUUGAUGAUGUAUAAGGUAUUUUUAAGGUAUCCAGAAGCGCUUAGGCCAGCAUUCCCUAAACUUAAGGAGAAAUUAGAAGAUCCCGAUCCUGGUGUACAAUCGGCAGCAGUGAAUGUAGUGUGUGAAUUAGCAAGAAAGAAUCCUAAAAAUUAUUUAUCUUUAGCUCCGGUGUUCUUCAAACUGAUGACAACGUCUACUAAUAAUUGGAUGUUGAUAAAGAUUAUCAAAUUGUUUGGUGCCUUGACCCCAUUAGAGCCUCGACUUGGCAAGAAACUGAUAGAACCAUUAACUAAUUUAAUUCAUAGUACAUCGGCAAUGUCGUUAUUGUACGAAUGCAUCAACACGGUGAUAGCAGUGCUGAUAAGCAUCAGCAGUGGAAUGCCGGGACAUACUGCAUCGGUUCAACUGUGUGUGCAAAAAUUAAGAAUACUCAUUGAAGAUAGCGAUCAGAAUUUGAAAUAUUUGGGUCUGUUGGCUAUGUCGCGAAUAUUGAAAUCUCAUCCGAAGUCGGUGCACGCUCACAAGGAUCUAGUAUUGGCCUGUCUGGAUGAUAAGGACGAAUCUAUAAGACUCAGGGCUUUAGGACUUUUAUACGGAAUGGUAUCGAAGAAGAAUCUAAUGGAAAUAGUGAAGAAAUUAAUGGCCCACAUGGAACGUGCGGAGGGGACAUUGUACCGGGACGAACUGUUGACUCGCAUGAUCGAGAUUUGUGCGCAGAAUAACUACCAACACGUCGUUGACUUUGAGUGGUACGUCACAGUACUCGCUGAACUCACGGAGAUGGAGACCAGCUCUAAACAUGGUUGCAUGAUAGCAUCCCAGCUGACAGAGGUGGGUGCGCGCGUGGCCGACGUGCGUGCGUUCGCAGCGCGCGAAUGCAGUGCUAUGUGCGCCCGCUCAGCGGCCACGCCCCCCGGCCCCGCCUCUAGGGAGGUUCUAUAUGCGGCCGCAUAUGUUCUCUCUGAAUAUAGCACUGAGGAAUCAGUGAUGCGCGAGUCGAUAUCGUCGGUGCUUGGAUGCGCACGCACAGGGGGCGGGGCGAUGCGAGCACGUGCCGUGUGCGUACACGCAGCCAUCAAGCUCAUUGCGAAACUUUUGUUGCUCUACGAGCAGAGAGGAGAACGGGAUAGUGCUAUUGAUGUGAUACAAGAAGCUAUAUCCAAUCUGAAGCCCCUGUUAUGUAGUGAGGACAUGGAAGUGCAAGAAAGGGCCCACAACGCUACGGCCUUAUUAACAUUAGUACUGAAACGGAUUGACCCAACGGCUGAUUUAAAAGAGAUCGUCGAUACGUUGGUGGAACAUGAAAGUAACGGCUUAGCAAACGACGUAGAGUUGAACGGCGAGACCGGGAACUUCAGUAAUGGGUUGAUAGAAGAGUUUGCGAGUUUGUUCGAAGGAGAACUUAAGCCGGUCGCGCUCAAAGCGCAGAAGAAAGUGCCGAUGCCUGCCGACCUGGAUCUAUCUCAAUGGCUGUCCCACGAGCGCUGGUCCUCAGACAGUUCCAGUUCCGAAGACGAGUGCAGUGCAGUGUUCACCGUGCCACAGCCUGAUGCAAGGCCCGUCACGCAUCUAACGCAGGAUGAGCUGGAGAUGCUUCGCGAAGCCCGAAGACAGGAGCAAGCGAACAAUCCUCAUUACCUCAAAGAUGACUCUCCGCGCUCUUAUCAACAAGAUGACAUCCCAAUCGCUGAGAUCGCUCUUGAAGUCCCCUUACAGGUGCAAUCUAAACGAUCUGACAAGUACUUAGUCUCGAGAGAGAGUUCCAAGAAGACAAAGAAAGAGAAGAGACCGACGAAGAAACGCAAGAGCAAGCAGAAACAUACCACGGAAUCGGACAGUGAUGAUGGUGAGACAGCAUUGUCUCGACGUCCCGAGGUGGAGACGGGGGGCGAACUCCCGGAAGGGGCUGCGCUCUCUGACGAAGACACGCAGCCCACGGCAUCCGACCCUCACCGGGCUUUGGACUUGGAUCUUGAUGUACCACUACGCGAUGAAGAGUUACUCGUCACGAGAGUGAAACAAUACCCGGCGCCGGGAGAGAAAGUGACAUUAGAAAAAGCGAAGAAAGAGAAGAGAACAGAGAAGAAGAAGAGAUCCAAACCCAAAACUGAGGAUUUAAUACCGAUAACUGAUGUAAAUAACGCAAAGGACAAGACUGAUAAACACAAGACAAAGAAAGAAAAGGAUUCGAAGAAAAAGAAAUCUAAAAAAGACAAACACGGAACAAAACUCGGAUACGAAGAAGCCUUAGGCAUAUCCACGCCAAGCAAGGAAGUUAUUUAG